CGCUCGUCACACUGCCGCCCGCUGCUUUUGUCAAUGCCUCAACAUUGGAUAUUUAUAAAAAUGCCCGAUUGGGUCAUCGCAUCGUUCAGACCCGUUACGGACGAUUGCAUGGCCUAAUAUUGCCAUUGGACAACUAUCGAUAUCUGCGUUCGGUGGAGGUAUUUUUGGGUGUACCCUAUGCCACGCCACCGACCAAACAAAAUAGAUUUAGUCCAACACGUGCCCCAGCGCCAUGGGAUGGUAUACGCAUAUCGGAUAAAUAUAGUCCUGUGUGUCCGCAACGUUUGCCAAAUAUACAAAAUGAAACGGCGGCAUUGGAGAAAAUGCCAAAAGGUCGUUUGGAAUAUUUGAAACGUUUAUUGCCAUUCCUAGAGAAUCAAUCAGAAGACUGUCUAUAUUUAAAUAUAUUUUCACCAAUAAAUGCCGGAGCCAGUGAAAAGAAAUUGCCUGUUAUUGUGUUCAUACACGGCGAAUCGUUCGAAUGGAGCAGCGGUAAUCCCUACGAUGGCAGUGUAUUAGCCAGCUAUGGUGAAGUUGUGGUAGUAACGCUUAAUUACCGUUUAGGUAUUCUAGGUUUUCUCAAUGCCAAUCCUAAUCCUCAACAACAUGCUCGUGUUGCUAAUUAUGGUCUUAUGGAUCAAAUUGCCGCCCUACAUUGGAUCCAACAGAACAUUCAGAAAUUUGGUGGUGAUCCAAAUGCUGUCACUUUGGCCGGCCAUGGUACCGGAGCGGCUUGCAUAAAUUAUUUAAUGUCUACCCCCACAAUGGUUCGUGGCCUUUUCCAAAGGGCAAUUCUAAUGUCUGGUUCGGCAUAUUCAUCAUGGGCUUUGGUUGAAGAUCCGGUAAUGUUUGCUGUGAAAUUGGCCAAGGAGGUGAAUUGUUCUAUUCCUGAAAAUUUGGAUAAAGAUCAUGAACAGAUUGUGGAUUGUUUGCGUGAAGUACCAUUGGAGGAUUUGUAUGCGGCGGAUAUACAGGCGCCGACAUUUUUGACAUCGUUUGGACCGUCGGUUGAUGGUGUCGUUAUACGUCCUGGUCACUCCAAUCUCGAUAUCGAUGAUUUAAUGGCACGCAAUAUGAAACGCUCAUCAUCGGAUGGCGGUGGUGGUGGCUCUUCAGGCGGCGGUAAUUAUGGUGGAGGUGGCGGUAGCGGCGGCAGCAGUUAUUUCAAUGGUCCCGGAGGCGGUAAUGGUUUUGGCGGCAUGGUUGCCGGUCAUUAUGAUGUCCUUUUCGGUGUCGUAACUGGCGAAUCGAUAUGGCGUUUUAGUGCCCAUGACAUCCAAAAUGGAUUCGAGGGCGAGAGACGUGAUAAAAUUAUAAGGACUUAUGUUCGCAAUGCCUACAAUUAUCAUUUGAAUGAGAUCUUUUUUACGAUUGUUAAUGAAUAUACGGACUGGGAUCGUGCCUCACAGCAUCCGAUCAACACGAGGGAUACUGCCGUGGCUGCUCUCUCUGAUGCCCAAUUUGUUGCACCUCUCAUACGAACGGCUGACAUUUUCGCAGCCAAUUCACCACCACCAAUGUCCAGUUCGUCUGGCGGCGGAACAGCAUCAGCCUCGACACAAUUUCCUGGCCAAUCGGGUCGUUGUUAUUUCUAUGUUUUCGAUUAUCAGACAAAAGACGGCGAUUAUCCACAACGAAUGGGCACAGUGCAUGGUGAAGAUUUGCCAUAUAUUUUUGGGGCACCCUUGGUCGAUGGCUUUAGUCAUUUUCCACAAAAUUAUACCAAAUCGGAAAUUGCUCUGUCAGAAGCUGUCAUAACAUUUUGGACAAAUUUUGCUAGAACGGGAAAUCCAAAUGAACAUCAUCGCCAAGAAUCUGUGCUGCCAGCCUCCAAGGAACGUAGCCGUUUUCGCAGCAUCACCUGGGAUAACUAUGAUCCCUUACAUCAGAAAUAUUUGGAAAUUG